CCUGUAUUCUGACACGCCUCCCUUUUGUCUUUCUCUUUUCUUCUCUCAUCUCUUUACUCCUUUUUUUAUUUUUUUUAUUUUUUUUUAUACCAACCGAACUCUGUCUGUUCAUUCACUGCUCUGUGAGUAUUAGAUUCGUCAUCUCACGCCAGAAUUUCACCAAUGUCCAAAAAGACAGAGCCUCAAACAUCCUCGAACCGCUCAUCUGCUGGCACUGUUGUAACGGAUACCAAUCACGCCGACAAUAACGGAUCAGCUGUACAUAGUAACGCCCGAUCUUCCGCUCUUGAUCUAAAGCAGAACAUCAACAAUAGCGCCAUGUUGACACACAAGAGACGUGGUGAUUCCUUAUUGGCUGAGGACGAGCGUGAGGAACUCAUGAUGGCGCAGCGAAGUGAAUCUACUAGCGAUGCUAUUAGAGAGAGUCUUCAGGGUAGCUUGGCUUCAGAGACGAUGGGGACACUUUCUGGUGCUGACAAAUGGAAUUUUAUCCUUUUGGUUGUGUUGUAUCUUUUACAGGGGAUCCCCGUUGGUUUGACGUUUGGCAGUAUUCCAUUCUUACUCAAGGCCAAAAUGAGCUAUUCACAGAUCGGGAUCUUCUCUUUAGCACAUUACCCAUAUAGCAUGAAGUUUCUCUGGUCUCCAAUCGUCGAUGCAGUCUACAACAAAGAUUUAGGUCGCAGAAAGUCCUGGAUCGUACCUAUCCAACUCAUGACGGGAUUGAUGUUUUUCUGGCUUGGGAUGAACAUUGAGGACUGGAUGGCACAGGAUCAGAUCGCAGUUGGAACGCUUACUGUCGUUUUUUUCAUCCUCAUCUUUUUUUGUGCAACACAGGAUAUUGCGGUCGAUGGCUGGGCUUUGACAUUGCUUUCUAAAGAGAAUCUUUCGUAUGCCUCGACUGCCCAGACCAUCGGUCUUAACACAGGUUACUUCCUAUCAUUCACGGUCUUUUUGGCAUUCAACUCUUCAGAAUUCAGUAACAAGUACUUCAGGACGAUCCCUCAGGACUAUGGGUUGGUACCGUUGGGAGGAUAUCUCAAGUUCUGGGCAAUGAUGUAUCUUGCUAUCACCCUUUGGCUCGUUUUGAUGAAGAAGGAGGGUCGUUCGCACUCGGAGGAAGACGAUAUUGGUAUCAAAGCUGUAUACAAGAUCAUUCUUAAGAUCAUUAGAUUGCCUCAUAUGAAGUCAUUCAUGAUUGUUCUCCUCACAGCGAAGAUCGGGUUUAUUGCCAACGAUGCUGUGACAGCGCUCAAGUUGUUGGAAAAGGGUUUCAGCAAGGAAGACUUGGCGCUUGCCGUGUUGAUCGAUUUUCCAUUCCAGAUCAUCUUUGGAUACUAUGCGGUUCGCUGGAGCUCCGGUUCUCGUCCUUUGAAGCCUUGGCUCUGGGCGUUUUUCGCUCACUUAGCAUGCUGUGUGAUCGCCAUGCUCCUUGUCUGGGGUUUUCCUUCAGAUGGGGUCGUUACUACAUCAUACUUUUACAUGGUCCUCAUUACAACCGUUGCCACUUCGUUUACUAGUACUGUUGCAUUUGUGAGUAUGGGUGCCUUCAUGACUGUGAUUGCCGAUCCUGUUAUUGGUGGAACAUACAUGACACUUUUGAACACAUUGAGUAACUUUGGAGGCACGUGGCCAAGGUUCUUUGUCCUCGAGGCCGUUGACUACUUUACUGUAUCCACUUGCUCUGUUAUCGAUAGCAAAGGCAAAGAAUUUUCUUGCACUGCAGAACCAGGCAAAACAUUAUGUACAGACCUCGGCGGUGAAUGUAUAUUGCGUCAAGAUGGUUAUUAUCUAGUCAGCUCGAUGUGUGUGUUGAUCGGAGGACUUCUGCUUAUUUUUUACAUUGCACCCACGAUCCGGUAUCUCGAAUCUUUGAACCCGAAGAAGUGGAAGCUCGAUCAGAAAUAAACGCCCUCCCCCUUUCUCCAUUGCCUCUUUAUGCUAUACUUAUCUUUUGCAAUCCAUAUAGAAACCCCCACCCUUUCUUUAUAUUCAUAAUUAUUUUACUAAAAUAAACACUUACGACAUAAACCAG